UUUCGUGGCCCUUCUCGGUGCUGUGCCUCUUUGCCCAGACACACCAACAGAUACAGAUACGCCGUAGCUCACAGAUACAGAUGCACGGCGAGCGAGUAUAAAUAGCGGGCGCUUGCGUUCCACCGGCAUCAGUUGAAUUCAACAAGCAGCUCUAAACGCUACCAACCAAGCAACCACGAAACCAAGCUAUUGGAAGCCACAACCAACAGCUACCAAAGACAGAAUAGAUACUCUGAGAUAAUCUAAAAAAAAAGGAAAUUAAUUAAGAAAUUAAAUAAGAAUUAAGAUGGCAACCCUACCACUUUUGCUGAGCUUGGCCGACGACCUGGGUCGCAUGUCGAUGGUGCCCUUCUACGAGCCGUACUACUGCCAGCGCCAGAGGAGUCCCUACUUGGCCUUAGCCGGGCCACUGGAGCACCAGCUGCGCCAGCUCGAAAAACAGGUGGGCGCGGCCGGAGGUGCCAAGGCAAUCGUACCCAAGGUGGGCAAGGAUGGAUUCCAAGUCUGCAUGGAUGUGUCCCACUUCAAGCCCAGCGAACUGGUCGUCAAGGUGCAGGACAACUCCAUUCUGGUGGAGGGCAAGCACGAGGAGCGCGAGGACGACCAUGGGUACAUCACCAGGCACUUUGUGCGCCGCUACGCUCUCCCGGAGGGCUACGAGGCCGACAAGGUGGCCUCCACUCUCUCCUCCGACGGAGUGCUCACCGUGAAUGUCCCCAAGCCGCCGGCAAUCGAGGACAAGGCCAGUGAGCGAAUUGUCCAGAUCCAGCAGGUGGGUCCAGCCCAUCUCAAUGUCAAGCAGAACACCAAGGAGCAGCUGGAGCAGGGCCAGGAGCAGGACAACGGCAAUGAGAAGUAGACAGAGUCCUCUUUAGACGCCAAAUUCUGCAUUUAACCAUAAUUAUCAGUCAUUAAUCUGUUUUAUAUGCUGUAGUUCAUCAUCGGGUCACUUACACUAUCUCAUUAGCCAUAAAGUAGUGGCCCAAGUCGUCAUUUUAAUUUCGGCCUAUGUAUUAUCUGGAAAGACAAAAAAUACUUAUAAUAAAUAAAUAAUAAUACUUAAAUAUUAAAA